AUGAAUGUUGAUCAGUUGAAAAACGAGUUCCAACAAAUAUUUGGAUGUGGCGCGAGAUAUAUUGUUCGAUGUCCCGGAAGGGUCAACCUUAUCGGAGAGCACAUCGAUUACAGUGGAUAUGGCGUUUUACCGAUGGCAAUAAGCGCUUCAACCUAUGUUUUAGCUUCAGCGCACGAUAUUGAAGAGAUUGUAUUUCGGAAUACGGAUGAAACUUACAGAGCUCAUACACACAAAUUUGGCGAUAAAUGGAUGGGUAGUAGGAAACCGGAAUGGUAUUACUACUUUUUAUGUGGUUGGAAAGGCAUUUUAGAACGAUUGAAUAUAUCUCCGAAAGGCAUGAAGAUAUUGGUGUCUGGUACUAUACCGCCAGGCGCAGGUCUCUCUAGCUCAAGCUCCAUCGUUUGUGCUGGAGCGCUAAUUACACUAGUUGCACACACAGGAAAGACUUUUGAUGUCAUCAAUAAGGCCGAAUUUGCUGAAAUAUGUGCUAAAGUUGAAAGAUACGUUGGUGUAGAAGGUGGUGGUAUGGAUCAAGCAACUGAAAUAUUGGCUAAUGAAGGUUCCGCAAUGCGCAUUGAAUUUGGUCCUCUGCGAGUUUACCCUGUAAUUCUUCCUCAAAAUGCUCUCUUUGCAGUUGUUCAUUCCGGAGAGACAAUCAACAAAGCAGCUAGUUCUCAAUAUAACGAACGAGUUGUAGAAUGUCGUUUGGCUGCUCAAUUGUAUCUAUUUUCGAUUAUGGCAAAACUUUAUGGUCUUGAUGAAUGGAUGAAAAUACGAACAUUAGGUGAACUUGCUCAGAAAAUGAGAAAAAAUGCCUCAGAAAUGAUUGCUGUAGUAAAAGAAAUCCUUCAAGCUUCCAUCUACACGAAAGACAAUGCUAUAACUUUGCUUAGCAUUACAGAAGAAGAUUUCAAUAAAACAAUACUGUCACUGAAUACUCAACACAUGAAUACAUUUAAAUUGGCCCAAAGAGCAUUACACGUGUACGCGGAAGCUAGUCGCGUUCGCCUAUUUCACGAAGCGUGUAAAAGGGGUGAACUUGAAACGAUGGGAAAAUUAAUGAAUGAAAGUCACAGUAGCUGCAAAGACCUGUUUGAGUGCUCUUGUGAAAAACUUGACGCAGUAGUAGAAAAAUGCUUGAGAAAUGGUGCGUUGGGAGCACGAUUAACUGGAGCCGGUUGGGGUGGUUGUGCAGUUGCUCUUUUCACUAAUAAGCAACCAGAGUUUGAAGUACUGUUUUGGAGUCGACCAGCAAGAGGCAUACAGUUGAUCGAAAGCUAA